CGUUAGAGUACUACUCCCAUGCAUAUUCACUUCUUUAAUUGCUAGCUGAUCUUUAAACCUCCUCUGUUCUUGAUCUGCAUAAAUGGGUGGUAUUUGGCCUUUUAUGUUCACUCUGCUGCUCUCAGCAUCCGUUGUUCCUUGCAAAACAGAUGUUCCAAACGCUAGAACUUUCAUUGUCCGUGUCCAAAACGACCUUAAACCCUCACGCUUCUCCAAUGUCAAAGCCUGGUACAAAUCUACCCUUACAACCCUCGGUUCUACUCAUGAUUCUGCCCAAACACAAGAUACUGGCCAUGACAUUCUCCACGUGUACAGUGCCGUCUUUCAUGGCUUCUCAGCAAGACUCUCUCCUCAACAAGCUGAGAAGCUCACGGACCUCCCGGAAAUACUCGCCGUGUUCCCGGACCGGCUUAUCCCAAUCCAAACUACACGUACACCUCAGUUCUUGGGCCUAAAGGACGAGGAUACCGGUGCCAGCACAAAUGAAAUUAUCAGGGAGUCCGAUUCGGGUUCCCAUGUCAUCAUCGGGAUGAUCGACAGUGGUGUCUGGCCCGAACGUCCGAGCUUUAACGACAAAGACCUGGGGGCCAUACCUUCUCACUGGAGAGGUAAAUGCAUUGGUGGUGAGAAAUUCCCCAAGACGCUUUGUAACAGAAAGUUGAUUGGCGCACGAUACUUCGCUGACGGAUACUUUGCCCACCACGGCGACGAAAUGGGAGAGAUCAAAGAGCUCGUCAAGUCUGCCAGAGACAGUGUCGGGCAUGGAACACAUACUGCAUCCACUGCUGCUGGACGACAUGUCAAUAACGCAUCCUUUCUCGGUUUCGCUGAUGGGGUGGCAAUCGGUGUUGCGCCGAAAGCAAGAAUCUCCGUAUACAAGGUCUGUGGUAUUAAAGGGUGUGUAACUUCAGAUGUUCUCGCCGGCAUCGACGCUGCCGUAGAAGACGGUGUUGACAUUAUAUCAUUCUCCUUAGGCGGGGAACCCAUUCCGUACCAUGAAGACGUAGUUGCGAUUGCAUCUUUCGGGGCAAUAGAGAAAGGAAUUAUCUUCUCAGCUUCCGCUGGCAAUGCAGGUCCCAACUCUAUGAGCGUGACGAACGCGGCACCUUGGAUCACCACGGUCGGUGCGAGCACCAUUGAUAGAAAAUUCCCUGCCGAAUUAGUGCUCGAAGAUGGUCGCAUCAUUACCGGAUUGUCGCUCUUCAAAAGUCGAGUGCCGCCGGAGGCGAAGUAUGUGCCGUUGAUUUACGCGGGCAAUGCGUCCACAUUGGAGCAAAUCGGAAUCGGUAGUGAAUAUUGCUAUCCCAAUACGUUAGAUCCGAAUAUGGUACGUGGCAAAAUCGUGGUGUGUGAUCGUGGGGAUGUGGUGUCAGGUGCCGAAGCAUCAGUGGUGGUGCAAGAGGCUGGUGGGGUCGGUGUUGUCGUAGCCAACGUGGAGAAAUUAGGACAGGGUACAAUUGCAGAUGCAUAUGUCUAUCCUGGUCUCGCAAUCAGUGAACCAGACCGCACUAUUGUGUUGAAAUACAUCGAGUCGUCUCCAAACCCACGCGCCACUCUGCGUUUCAAUGGGACCACACUGGUGGGAGUGAAACCAGCACCUACAAUUGCAUUCUUCUCUUCCCGUGGGCCCAACUCAAUAUCUCCCCACGUGUUAAAACCCGAUGUCGUUGCUCCAGGUGUCAACAUACUAGCAGCAUGGCCAGAUGGCAUAUCGCCUACUGAAUUACCCUCUGAUUUGAGGCGUCCCCCAUUUAACAUAAUCUCCGGCACCUCCAUGUCUUGCCCACACGUGUCAGGCGUGGUUGCUUUGUUGAAAGGGGCCCAUCCCGAUUGGUCCCCGGCAAUGAUCAAAUCAGCGUUGAUGACCACGGCUUACACGUACGAUCACGAUGGCAAAGCUUUGCUGGAUGAGAAAGAUUUCAACGCGUCCCAUGCGUUUGAAAUGGGUGCUGGACACGUGGAUCCAGAGAAAGCUGUUGAUCCAGGCUUGGUCUAUGAUCUUACGGUGGAUGAUUAUUUGGAUUUUCUUUGUGCUUCGGAUUACAGUAGUGAUGACAUUAAGGUAAUCACGAAGAGAUCAGUGAGUUGCAAUGGGACCCAGAAACAUACCUUGUGGGACCUGAAUUAUCCGGCAAUAUUAGUUUUUUUCAAUGAAUCAGCACCAUCCAAAUCGGAGAUUGUGGUUAAAAGAGUAGUUACACAUGUUAGCAAUGGUGCAUCCACGUACCGCGUUAACAUCUCCAAUCCAAAAGACGUCAUCGUUACGGUUGAUCAUAAGAAGAUGGUGUUCAUGCACAAGGAUCAAAAGAAUAACUAUACGGUGCGGAUUCGGGCCAAGAAUGUGGGAUUGCCACGUGGUGGGAAGGCCAUGAGCGAGUUUGGUCAUCUGACGUGGACAGAUGGGAAGCACCAAGUCACUUCACCCAUUGUGGUGACAUGGCCGCCCAAAAAACAUGCAUGAAGCUUAGAUUAAAAUAAUAAAAAUAAUAAUCAUAGGGAUAAGAUGUUAAUGGGCUUGAUUUACAAUAGUGAUGUAACAAAAUAGACACCGAUUAGUAUAUGAAUAUUUUUCAUUA